AUGGCUUUGCAAAAUAUUUUUUUGCUAUCAAAUCGCUCAGCUUUAAACUUAAAAGAAGCCAUUAAAUUACUUAAAAAACCAAAUUUAAAUAAUGAUGACGUAGUACAGUGUUAUAACUUGGAGCCAAAAUCAGGUUUGUGGUAUAUGUGUGGGUACAAUCAAAGUUCUGCUGACAGCAUUGAAUGGCAAUCAACAGGCACUCGUUCAUUGCCUAAUGAAAAAAAUCCCACCGUACUAGUCGAAUACUUUUCAUCCGAAAAAGUGAAUAAAAGUGUAUUUAGAUUGACGAAAAAAAACGAAUAUGACGCUGCCUUGGUUAACUAUUCAGAUGUGAACCCUACAUUUGAGAAAUUAAAAAGAACCCGUAUUUCUAAAAAAAAAUCUAUCAAAAAUAUUAUGAAAAGCCGUAUCAGACUAAUAAAAAAAUAUAGUAACUCUGUUUCUAUUGUUUCUGAUGAACUAAUUGGACACGAACCUGCAGAAAAACAUGUCAGCAACAAUUUUGGACCAUAUUUAGGAUAUGAUGGUUCCCUUCCAGGAGGUUCUACCUUUGUGCAGUCUACAGUCCAUAUAGUAGAAUCUGCUCCGAGUGCUCCGAUUUUAUCACAAUUUAAGGAUUUAAAUAUUUCACCAAUUAUUGACUCUAAAUACAUACAAUCACCGAACAAAGAUUUUAUUCCUAAGAAAGAUGCAGAUAUUAUGAUUGAACACGUGAUUACGCCUAUAACGUUAUCGUCGAAAGUAACUGAAUGGUCAAAUGAAGUUAAUGAUUCCAAUGCGUCUGAACAUAGUUUGAGUAUUCACACAAUAGAUGAUAGCUUAUCAUCAAUUAACACAAAUAAAUCAAAUACUCAAAUGUUAACUGGUCGGAGAAUUGUCAACAUGUCUGAUAUAAUAGAACAAAUUAAAAAACGGCAUAGUGGUCCUUAUGGUUGUUCGUUUAUUGACACGGAAUAUGAAUCAGAAGUGAAUUAUGGAUUUCUAUCAGUUUUUACUUUUAAGUGUAAAAUGUGUAAUAUUAAAACUAGACUACAUUCGGAAUAUAUUCAUAAUUCAGAAAUGAAUAUUAAUAAUGCUGCGGUAAAUGCUUGCCAAGCUAUAGGUAUUGGACAUACACAGUUAGCAGAACUAUCAGGAUUUCUUGAUUUGCCUGCAUUGUCGAGUACUGGUUUUUUGCGUGUUCAAACCGAGGUAGCUGAAAUAGUUCACGCUACAGCUUGGGACGAAAUGAAGAAAGCCGGUGAAGAAGAAAGGAGAUUGGCAAUAGAAUCUGGUAACUUGGAUGUGGAUGGCAUACCAAUUAUUACAGUGGUCGCGGACGGGCAAUGGUCCAAGCGAAGCUAUAAAACCAAGUACGAUGCACUAUCAGGCGCGGCAUCAAUAAUUGGUUAUAGAACCCAAAAAGUUUUAUUUGUCGGGAUUCGAAAUAAAUAUUGCAUAAUUUGUCAAAAGUCUUCAAGUAUGAAGGAUAAAGAAAAACCUGUACAUACAUGUUUCCUCAACUGGAAAAAGGCUUCAACUUGCAUGGAAGCAGAUGGUGUGCUACAAGGAUUUUCCAACAGCGUUGAAAUGCAUGGUCUUAAAUACAACUGUUUAAUUGGUGAUGGAGAUAGCAGCGUCACUAAGCGGUUAGCCGAAAGUCGACCAUAUGGCUUUAACUUUACAAUAAGAAAAAUUGAGUGUAAAAACCAUCUUAUGAGAAAUUAUGCUUCAAAACUAACAACACUAGCUAGAAAUUCGAGUUACCCUCUUCGUGUUCGCAAAUUUAUAUUAUCAAACAUUAAGAGAUUUAGAAGUGAUGUUCAGAUGGCAGCACUUCAUUGGAGAAAAGAAAUCAAUAUUACCAAAACACAAAAAAUUAAAGGUCUGAGGAGUGAUUUAAUCAAUGCACCAUAUCACAGACUUGGUCAUCAUUCAAAUUGUAGGUCAUAUUUUUGUGAUCGAUCAAAACAAAUUCAAUUAAAUUUAGUCCCAGAAGCUGAAACUAGUGGAAUGAUGAGGGAAAUAGUGAACAUUGCUUCAAGGCUUGUAACUAAUGCGGAAAGUUUAUUAGAAAAUAAGACUUCUAAUAUCUGUGAACAGUUUAAUUCUGUUAUUAAUAAACACGUUGCCGGAAAACGAUUAAAUUUUAGUAGUAGAGGUAAUUAUAAUACAAGAGUAGAAGCUGCCAUUGUGUCAUUUAAUUCCAAACAAUAUUUAAGACAAAUUCAUAAAACAUUUACUAAAUGUAGUCCAGGAAUAUUUGGAAAAAAGUUUUUGAAGAACAGUGAAAGAAUACGACUUAAUACCAGUAAAAGAAGACAAUUAUUUCCGGAAAAAAGAAAAGCUAAAAAAUCUAAAAUGGAAGGAGAAGACGAAGAUUAUGGACUGGCUGAACCUUUAAUAGAAUUUUUUUCAUCAGAAGAAAUGGAAAACAAAAAAAUUAAAUUUUUAGAAAAAUUAAGUCGAGCUGAUGUAAAAAAAAUCGAAUUUGAAACUCGAGACCAAAGCAGCAGUGAAAUGUGGUACAACGAACGUAAAAUACGACUAACAGCUUCAAGAUUUGGUCAAAUUUGUAAAAUGCGGCCAAACACUAGCUGCAAAAAUGUAGUUCAUAAUAUUUUAUAUGCUUCUGAUAAUCUACAAACAAAAUCGAUACAAUAUGGUAGAGAAAUGGAGACUUUAGGUCGUCAAAAAUUUGAACAAUUGUCAAAAGAAAAAGUUUAUGAGAAUGGUUUGAUUAUAGAUCCAGAAUUUCCAUUUCUAGCUGCCAGCCCAGACGGUCUUAUUGGUGAACAUUAUUUAUUGGAAAUAAAAUGUCCAUAUUCUGCUCGUGAUUCAAACGAUGCCAUUGAAGCAGUGAACAGUAAACUUCUACAAUAUUGCAAAGUUGAAGGGCAAAAAAUUAAAUUGAAAAAAGAUCACGUAUAUUACUACCAAAUAAUGGGACAAUUACACGCUACUAAAAGAGAAAAAUGCUUUUUUGUGAUAUACACGGCCAAAUGGACCAGUAUAGAAGAAAUAUACUUUGAUCAAUCAUUUUGGGAUUCCAAAAUGUCUGAACCGCUACAAAAGUUUUAUAUGAAGUCUUUAUUACCCGAAAUUAUUGAUCCACAAUUCCCUAAAAGAAUGCUGAAAUCAGAUAUUCGAGAACCAGACCACAUAAAAAAAAAAAUGAUUAUAAAAAAAAAUUAAUAAACUAUUUAAAUAUAAUUUAAACUAGUUGAAUGUUUUUUUUAUUUUUUAAUUUCUUAGAUUGCAACUCAGUAAGUUGUAAAUCCAAUUCAAGUAGUUUAUUUAUGGCUGAUUAAAAUGUAAGAAGAGUUAUACCGAGUGACGUAUAAGACUUGAUUUUCGAUAUUUCAUUCUCAAAAUCGAUAAAAUCGUUUUGCGUUUUCAGUUUUUUACUUGCGAAUAAUUGGUAUAAAAAAUUAAAAUAUCAAAAAUCGAGUCUUAUACGUCAUCCGAUAUAACUCUCUUCUACAACUUUUAAUUAAGGUAUUUUGCUCUAAAACCAUUCAGUUGGCCGUAUUAUUGGAACAAAAUUGGCAUGUUUUUGUACGGUAUUUUCGCUGGUUUAGCGUCCUCAGUGUAAUAUAGAAUAAUAUAAAUAAUAAUAUGUAUUAUAAUCAAUGGUUUUAUGGUAAUACAUUCGAAAAUAUGGGUAAGUAUAAAAAUUAAAUACAUAAUAGUUAUG